AUGGUGGACAGUGAGCUCGGGCAGGUGGUGUCAUGGUAUAUCUGUACCGUAGCCACGGUGCCUUUUGUCGCGCUACGCAUGUAUGCGCGAUGGUCGAGACUGGGCAACCUAGGAAUCGACGACUACCUCAUCCUACUCUCUCUAACAUGUCUGAUUGGGGAUCUCAUCAUCCAACAGCACAUGUGGAACCUGGGACUGGGCGACAUGGCGUCUAUAACCCCGGAAAACUUCAAGGGCAUAAUGCAGAUGAUCAUCCCCGGAUCGACGCUCUACGUUUCCUCACUAUGGGCGAUCAAGUUUGCCCUGGUCUUCUUCUACAAGAGCCUGGCUGCUCCCGGCUCCCGUCUGGUCCUUGUGUAUAACUUUACGCUUGCCGGAUUAGCUGUCACCUACCUCGUCAUCUUUUUCGACAUCAUCUUCCAGUGCUUCCCCCACGACAAGCGAUGGUCGAAUAACCCAGCCUAUCAAUGCAGUCCCAAAGCCGCCGAGAUCAACUACUGGAUCACCAUUUGCUUCAACAUCGCGACCGACGUGUUCAUCAUCUGCCUGCCCAUCACCAUGGUUUCCAGGCUGCAGAUGAAGUUGAAGCAGAAGAUCGGCGUAGCCGGAAUCUUCGCCUUGGGUUUCUUCGUCGUAAUUGCCAGCAUCGUCCGAGCCUACUACUCGCACAGGAACGAAACAAUGCUAACAUGCACCGUCUCCAUGAUCGAAACCGCCAUCGCCAUAAUCGCCACAUGUCUCCCCGCUCUCCGCUCCAUGAUCCUCGGCACAAACAACACCACCAAAGACUCCGCCAACAGCUACGGUCGCCACUACGAACUCUCGUCCGCGCGGCGAAAAGCCAGCGGAAACCGCCUGACUGCUUCGAACCAAAUCUCCGGCGGUCUGCACUCCACACACGAUACCCGGAAUCGAGCAAACGGAUCAGAAGACUCGCUCUUUACGGAUCCGCCGUCAGAUCAAAUAGGCGGCGUUGAGCAGUUUGUGAGCGGGAAGGGGAUAACAGUUAAUACCCAGAUCGAAACCAUGUUUGAGGAUUCCAGCUCAAGGAGCAAUAUUUCCUCGAGUUCGACAAAGGCGAAAUCGCCGUUCAAUUAG